AUCUCUCUUUGUCACACAUAUCUCUCUAAAACCUCUAUAAAACCUAAAGCCCAAAAUCUCUCUAACAUGUGAUGGCUGGGAUGGCUGCAAAUCAUGUAGGCUUUGGAGAUGAAGAAAGUCUCCCCGUUGGGAGUAUAAUCCACCCUUUCUCCUCCACCUCAAGGUCUGAAGAAUGGCGGUCGGAGGAUAACAUGAAGAAGACCAGUGAAAUCCCAGUUGGUCAUUUACUCUCUGAGAGGUUGGGCUUUCCCGAGUUUUACUCCUUAGAGGUGUGGCGAGCAUCAAUGGCCGAGCUGUUUGGCACAGCAAUCCUCGUCUUCGCACUCGCCACCACCGCAAUCUCCUCCUUGGAGACCGACACAAAGACUCCCAACCUCAUGAUGGCGGCCUUCGCAUUCCUCUCGAUAACAAUACUCCUCAUUGCUACCGUCCCGGUCUCCGGCGGACACAUCAACCCAAUUGUGACGUUCUUUGCGACACUGAUAGGCCUCAUCUCUCCAGCCCGCGCUACCAUCUACAUUCUUGCCCAAUGCAUCGGAGGCAUGCUCGCUGCAUUUGCACUUAAGGCCAUUGUUAGCGAUGCCAUUGAGGAUAAAUACUCGCUCGGUGGAUGUACCCUCACCACCAUUACAGCAGGGCCCGAUGGGCCCAUCACCCUCGGUAUCGAGACAGGCCCCGGCCUCUGGCUUGAAAUCAUAUGCACGUUCGUGUUCCUCUACGCAUCAAUAUGGAUCGCUUUCGAUAGACGGCAGGCAAAGGCCCAUGGGCUGGUCAAGGUGUGUGUGAUCAUCGGUGCAGUGGUGGGGCUGUUGGUGCUUGUUUCCACGACGGUUACAGCGAAGAAGGGUUACUCCGGCAUCGGGUUAAACCCAGCUCGAUGUGUUGGGCCCGCAAUUGUUAGAGGGGGCCACCUUUGGGUUGGGCACUGGGUGUUUUGGGUCGGGCCUACGAUCGGUUGCUUGGCAUUCUAUCUGUACGUCAAGAUCAUUCCACGUCAGCAUUUCCAAGCAGAGGAGUAUAAGUACGACGUGUUUACUACGGCGAAGCUUCUGUUUCACAAGUAGCGGUGGGAACGAUAGGUUGUG